CUUUUAUUAUUUCGGUUUUCUUUUUUCCAUUUAUAUUUUUAUAGUUGAUAUACAAUAUGCCAUUAACUUUAAUAGCUUUUCAUUUUUCUCUUUAUUUAUAUUUUUUUGUUUUAAUAGUUUUUUUAUUUUCUUUUUUAGUAGAUUAGACAACCACUCACAACAACAGCGGUCUUUCUUUCUGAUACUGCUGCGAAUUCUGCAACAACAGCUGCGAUGGCCUCUUAUUCUGUAGCAUCUUCUUCAAAAGCUGCUGAGGCUGGAACUUCCGUUUCUGCGACUGCAGAUGUGGCUGCCGCUUCCCGAGUUUGGAGAUACGAUGUUUUCUUGAGUUUUAGAGGUGAGGAUGUUCGGAAUAGCUUUGUAAGCCAUCUGUACAAGGCUUUGACAGAAAAAGGAAUUAAAACCUGCAAAGAUGAUGUGAAACUUGACAAAGGAGAAACGAUCGCUCCAUCACUCCUUCAAGCAAUUGAGGAUUCAAGGUUUUGUGUAGUGGUUUUUUCUAAGAACUAUGCUGAUUCCACUUUUUGCUUGGAUGAACUUGGGAAGAUUAUUGAACGUAUACCAGAUCCUAAGAAAGAUACAAAGACUGAUGUACUGACAAAUUCAAAAACAAAUGCCAGAGAUGCAGUUUUGCCAAUUUUUUACGACGUUGACCCAUCGGAGGUGCGCAAGCAAACCGGUGUGUUUGGAGAAGGAUUUGCUAAAUCAAAACUGAAAUUUCCUGAGAAGGUUGAGCGUUGGACAUUAGCUCUUACAAAGGCUGGUAACAUAUCUGGAUGGGAUGCACGAAACAGAGAGGAAGCGAUUCUUAUUGAUGAAAUUGCCAUCUGUAUUUUGGGAAAACUGAGUCAUACAAGCACCAAUAGUACUAAAGGCCUAGUUGGAAUGGAUUUCCGUGUAAGGGAAAUGGAAUCGAAAUUACAUAUGGGGUUGGACAAUGUUCUCAUGGUUGGAAUAUGGGGCAUGGGAGGAAUCGGUAAAACAACCAUAGCUAAAGCUGUUUAUGACCGUAUCUAUGGUGAAUUUGAAUGUUGUUGCUUUCUUCAAGGUGUUACAGAAGUUGCAAGUAAACCUGGAUUAGGUCUUUCACAUUUACAGGAGCAACUUCUUUCUAAACUACUGAAGGAAGGAAUUCAAAAAAUAAGAACUCUAGGUGACAAUUUUGAUGUAAUAAAGAACAGGUUCCAAUACAUGCGUGUUCUUAUUGUUCUUGAUGAUGUGGAUGAUAUAAAACAGUUGAGAGCCUUAGCUCGAGAGCAUGAAUGGUUGCUCGAGAGCAUGAAUGGUGGUCCUGGUAGUAGAAUUAUCAUAACAACUAGAGAUAAACAUCUGCUUGAGGCGCAUGGAGUGGAUCAAAGAUACGAGGCCCCACUUUUAAAUGAUAAUGAAUCUCUCACGCUAUUUACUCAACAUGCCUUCAAAAAUCACUGCUAUUCAGAUGUUGAACUCAACAACAUUUCCAAGCCAAGCUCUCACACAAUGUGGUCAAGUAUGCUCAGAAUGUUCCUUUCUCUGGAGGUUCUUGGUUGCCACUUAGCUGGCAAGAAUGAACUUGAAUGGCUAGACGAAUUGCACCAACUUGAAAUGUGUCCUCCAAAAGGAAUUAAUGAUGUGCUUAAAAUAAGUUUUGAUAGACUUGAUAAUCGUUUCCAAAGGGAUAUGUUUCUUGAUAUUGCAUGUUUCUUUAAGGGGGAGGACAAAGAUUAUGUUGUCAAAGUAUUUGAAGGCUGCGGGUUCUUCCCACAUGCUAAUCUAAGAGUUCUCAUUGAUAAAUCUCUCAUCUCCAUUUUAGAUAAUAAACUUUGGAUGCAUGAUUUAGUACAACAAAUGGGAUGGGAAAUUGUUCGUCAACCUGAAACUGAUCCAGGCAAAUGGACCAGAUUGUGGGAUCAUAAUGAUGUCCUCACUUCGUUUGCAAACAAUACAGUGGCGGAAGUUGUGGGCAUAAUCCUAGAUUUGUCUAAAAUAGAGAACUUGCACAUUAACACUGAAGUCUUCGAGAGGAUGACCAAACUUAGAUUGCUUAAGGUUUGCUAUGCUCACAAAUCUGGAGGCUUUGAAUACCUUAUCCAAUCCAACGAUGAACAGAGUUUUGACGAAGAGAAGAAAUUUGAUAAAUUGAAGUUCAUCAAACUAAGUCAUUCCCAGAAACUCAUUAGGACACCGGAUUUCACAGGGAUGCCAAACCUUGAGAUAAUAAUUCUUCAAGGCUGCACAGAAUUAACUGAGGUUCACUCCUCUCUGAGUUCUCUCCUCAAAUUAUUAAAUCUGAAAGACUGCUCAAAUCUUCAAAAUUUUCCUAGUGAAAUUCGUACAUCUUCUCUUGAGAUCCUCAUACUGUCUGGAUGCUCAAAGCUUCAGACAUUUCCUGCGAUCAAGGGUGAUAUGGACCGCUUGUCAGAGCUUUAUCUAGAUGACACUGCUAUACAAGCACUACCUCCAUCUAUUGAAAAGCUUACGGGCCUUGUUCUUUUGAGUGCCAGGAAUUGUGCACAUCUACAACUCCUUCCUUGUAACUUUGGUAAUGGUUUAAAGCAUCUGAGAACUAUUUACUUUUCUGGCUGCUCUCAUCUUAAUCAAUUGCUAGAGAAGUUGGAGAAGUUGGAAAAUUUGGAAGAACUUGAUGUAGGUGGAACGAAAAUAACACAUCCACCACUCUCCAUAUGCUCUUUUGUGAAGCUUAAAAUGCUGUCCUUCCACAGAUGUGAAGGAUUUCCAUUUGUAAACAUCAGAGGAACCAUGCAGGAAGAAUUAGAUAGGGACAAUAUCAGAAAAUGUUUUUUUAGAAGUUUAUCCUAUUUAACAAGUCUAGAUUUAAGCUACUGCAAUUUGGAUGAUGUGUCAAUCCCUACGGAAUUGGGAAUGUUAUACUCUUUGAAGAAAUUAAAUCUGAGCGGAAACAACUUUUCCAGGUUACCUCCUGAAACCAUUGCCAAUUAUCUCGAAGUUAUUUGUUUGGCAGACUGCAAUGGUCUUUCCUCGUUGCCACCUCUCCCAUGCAACAUAUAUUGGAUAGAAGCACCGAACUGCCCUGAACUAGUUAGUGUACACGUACCAAAGCUGAAUAACUUGUGCAUGAUGGGUUUCAAUUUUAUUAAUUGCUUCAGAUUGGGUAAUGGCAAUGCAACAACUAUAGCAGUUGAGCUACUGAGACAACUUAUUCGUAAGUAUGGUCCUGAUUUCGAGUCCGGGUUUAUUCAGUGCGAAUUAAAGUUGAUUUCCGAUACUGGCAUUGUUCUCAAUAGAAGUUACGAGAUUAAAGGGGAUCAUGUGUGGUUGCGUUUUAUCCCAUCUUGUACACUCAAGUUGAUAAGGGGCUCCUCAACUCAGCUCAAAGCUGUUAUUCUCACUCAUGGCAAUGUCUUGCGGGUGAAAAAUUGCGGCCUAUUCCCGAUGUUUGAUGACUGCAAGCCUGCGAAGAUGCUUAUAGAAGGAAGAUCACAGAAGGACGAACUUAAUCAUCAAAGAAAUUCUGGACUUCAUCGUAGACAAUUUCUUCGAAGAUCACGCAACUACGAACUUAAUCGUAAAAGAUGGUUGAGACUUUAUCGUAACAGAUUUCUUCCAAGAUCACGCAACUACGAACUUAAUCAUAAAAGACGUUUUGGACUUUAUCGUAACAGAUUCGUUCCAAGAUUUGAUUUGAAUACAUUGGAAACCGGAUUUGAUUUGGAUGCAUUGGAAACCGGGCCAGACGCAUUUCUUCAAAGAUUUGAUAUGGAUACCCGGCCUGACGUGCGGAAAAGGAUAAAAAUCGGGUUGGAUAGUAAAAACGAGUAA